AGUGUAGGAAUUAUGCUGGAUAACAUCACAGCAAAGACGCUGUUGGCUUGGGAGCCGGUGAAAGAAACACUAAUAGCCAGGCUGUGAACAAGACACGUCUGUAAUAAUAAGGCACCAUAGACUGUGGUUAGUGGAGAUGUUACACAACCUUGACUUUGUCAGCAACAUUGCUUUACUAAGUAUGAUGUGGAAUCAAAUGGUUGUUCUUCCAUCAGAGGUAGAAUAGGAAGCAGCAAAAAUUGGAUUGGAAUUAAAGAAAUCCAAGAUCAUGAAGUAGGAAGCCAGACAACAGGUGCAAAAGUGCAAGUGGAGGGAAAAGAUAUUGAACAGGUAGAAGAGAUCUGCUAUCUGGGCAAUGUGACGACUUUUGAUGGUGGCUACGAUAAGGAUAUUCAUAUGCGAUUUAGGAAAAGCAGACAUCGCUUUUGGAAAGAUGAAAACAUCUGGUCAAACAGGUCUCCACACCAAACUAACGGUUAGAUUAUGUCAUGCAAUUGUAUUGAGAACACUACAGUGUGGAGCAGAGAGUUGGCCAAUGACGAUGGCUAACAAAAAGAGAUUGGAGGCUGCCCAUCACAGAUGACUGGGAAAGGUUCUAUAAAUUUCAUGGAAAGACAUAAGAACUGUGAGGAUUUGGGAACUGACAGAGCAGGACAUUCUAGAAAAUGCCAAAGAAAGAAGCCUCAGGUGGUUGUGACAUGCGCAUUGUAUUUAAGAUGGGAAACAUGCUAAGCAAGUGUUGAAUAGGUUAAAGAAGGGAGAAAAAAGAAAAUGAAGAAAGUCAGGGAAGAACUAGUGGAAGACAGUGACAAAGGAUAUUGAAUGCACUGGCAGUCACCUGGGAAGAAGUACCAGACCUAGUGAGAGAUCAUAGUCAGUAGAAGAACUGGGCUGUCUGAUGUCAGUGGCACUGGAGGAACUAAGGUCUAAUGCCUCAACAAAUAAUGAAAGUUCUAAUCACAGUUUUGGAAGCUUGGGAUCUCUAAGUGAUAAAGAAUCGGAGACUCCAGAGAAGAAACAAUCAGAACCUUCCAGGGGAAGAAAGAGGAAAGCAGAGAACCAGAGUGAAAGUAGCCAAGGGAAAAGUAUUGGGGGACGUGGUCACAAAAUUAGUGACUAUUUUGAAUGCCAAGGUGGAAACGGCUCCAGUCCUGUAAGAGGCAUAUCUCCUGCAAUCCGUUCUCCUCAAAAUUCACAUUCACAUUCCGCCCCUUCUUCUGUUCAACAGAAUAGUCCUUCUCCUACUGCAUUAGCUUUUGGGGACCACCCUGUUACACAGCCAAAACAGUUAUCAUUUAAAAUUACUCAGACUGAUCUCACAAUGCUGAAAUUAGCUGCACUGGAAAGUAAUAAAAAUCAAGACUUGGAAAAGAAAGAAGGUCGUAUAGAUGAUUUGCUCAGGGCUAACUGUGAUCUUAGAAGACAAAUAGAUGAACAACAAAAGCUACUUGAAAAAUAUAAAGAAAGGUUAAACAAAUGCAUUUCAAUGAGCAAGAAACUUCUGAUUGAAAAGAGCACACAAGAAAAGCUGGCAAGCAGAGAGAAGAGUAUGCAAGACAGACUACGCCUCGGGCAUUUUACAACAGUUCGACAUGGUGCUUCAUUUACUGAACAGUGGACAGAUGGCUUUGCAUUUCAAAAUCUUGUGAAGCAACAAGAAUGGGUGAAUCAACAAAGGGAAGAUAUUGAAAGGCAAAGAAAGCUCCUAGCCAAACGAAAACCUCCAUCUACAAAUAAUUCUCAAACACCAUCUGCCAAUUCAGAACCAAAACAGAGGAAAAAUAAAGCUGUCAAUGGGGCAGAAAAUGAUCCCUUUCUUAGACCCAGUUUACCACAACUGUUGACUCUAGCAGAAUAUCAUGAACAGGAAGAAAUUUUCAAACUUAGAUUAGGACAUCUUAAAAAGGAGGAAGCCGAAAUACAAGCAGAACUUGAACGUUUGGAAAGAGUUAGAAAUCUUCACAUACGAGAACUCAAAAGAAUAAACAAUGAAGAUAAUUCACAGUUCAAAGAUCAUCCCACAUUAAAUGAACGAUAUUUGUUACUUCAUUUACUUGGUCGAGGUGGCUUCAGUGAAGUGUAUAAGGCUUUUGAUCUUUAUGAACAAAGAUACGCUGCUGUGAAAAUACACCAACUUAACAAAAGCUGGAGAGACGAGAAGAAGGAAAACUACCACAAACAUGCCUGCAGAGAGUAUAGAAUACACAAAGAACUGGAUCAUCCCAGGAUAGUUAAACUCUAUGACUACUUCUCCCUGGAUACAGAUACGUUUUGUACAGUGUUGGAGUACUGUGAAGGCAAUGAUUUGGAUUUCUAUCUCAAGCAACAUAAACUGAUGUCAGAGAAAGAAGCUAGGUCCAUUGUAAUGCAAAUAGUAAAUGCACUACGGUAUCUCAAUGAGAUCAAGCCCCCUAUUAUACACUAUGAUCUUAAGCCAGGUAACAUCCUUCUAGUAGAUGGAACAGCAUGUGGAGAAAUAAAAAUCACUGAUUUUGGUCUCUCUAAAAUAAUGGAUGAUGACAGCUAUGGUGUGGAUGGAAUGGACUUAACUUCACAAGGGGCAGGAACUUAUUGGUACUUGCCUCCAGAGUGUUUUGUAGUUGGCAAAGAGCCACCAAAGAUUUCAAACAAGGUUGAUGUAUGGUCAGUUGGAGUAAUCUUUUUCCAGUGUCUUUAUGGAAGAAAGCCAUUUGGUCAUAAUCAAUCGCAGCAAGAUAUCUUACAAGAAAACACAAUAUUAAAAGCCACAGAAGUCCAGUUCCCAGUUAAACCUGUUGUAAGCAAUGAAGCCAAGGCCUUUAUCAGACGCUGUUUAGCAUACCGCAAAGAAGAUCGAUUUGAUGUCCACCAGCUGGCUAAUGAUCCUUAUCUUCUCCCUCACAUGCGAAGAUCAAAUUCUUCAGGAAACUUACAUAUGACUGGGCUGGCAGCAUCCCCUACGCCACCUACUUCAAGCAUUAUUUCUUACUGAAAUUUCUCCAAGUGAAGACUGGCAUGAUAUAUUUAUAGUUUCCAGAUGCAGACUAGUUUGUGAGCAUUUGAGUGUUUUUACACAAGACAACUUUGAUUACUGUGUUUUCAGACUGAAGUCCUCCUGCUUAAUGUCCAUUUGUAUGAUGGGAAUGGAUCAUGGACUGUGAAUAAAUAUACCCUUCUGACUGUAACCUUUAAACAUUGAAGAAUGACACUGCUUGUUGCACACAAAUCGAUGUGCUGUGUUUAAGAGUAAAGAAAAGGUUUGGGGUUUUUUUUUGGGAACACUGUAAAUAAUCUUUUUAAUACUUAUAAAGUAUAUUUGGUUGAUACUGGAGAGUGCUAACAUGAAGGGUAGUUUUUCAUUAUUUAAAUAAGAAAAGUAAUGGACAAUUUGAACACACAGGAAAGGUUCAGUGUCUGGACAAAAAAAAACAACCACCCUACUUCCCAAGUGGUUGAAACCAAAGUAAGAAGUGAGUGUCACAGCUGUAUUCUGUAUUAAGCUUUUCUGAAAAAGUUAUAAUCUUUUGUUUAGCUAUUUGGUCUUAUUAAAGGCUGUACCUCAAAACCCAUGUGUUCUCAUUUCACUGAGAUUUGAAGGGUGGUGCAUAGUUUCUGGUAUAUUAUCCCUCAAAUAGCUAAUUUUGAACCCAUCUACAUUCUUUACAUUUAUAAUACUUGUCACAAGUUUUGACAAUGCUGCCACUUUACAGGCCUUUGAAAAAACUAAAUGAUAGCAUAUAUCCAAAUGCAGACAGGUUAUGUAUGAUGUUCUAUGCAGGAUAAUGAUGAAUUCCCUUCUAAUGCUAUUGUAAAUUGUUGUACAGAGGUCAUAUUUUCAGUUAUUAAAUUUCAGCAACUUAUUCCUGUACAAAUGUCAAAAGUAUGGCUUUUUCUAAUUGGAUAUUGUAUUUUUUUUAAGUCUCCUUGAAGUCGCUUUUAAUUGCUGCUAAAUUAUGUUGCUUUUACUUUUGCAAAAGAAUCAAAUGACCUCCUUGAAGUGCAAGUCAGCUGUACGUUAUAGAGAGACUAAAAGUAGAUGAUUCAUUAACAAUCAAGGCAUGUAAAAGAAAUCUGUGUUGGGCAUAUACAGUACAGUUCUUUAAGUCCAUUUCUUGUGCUCUCAACCUGUGGAGCACAUUGAUAUUAAAUGUAGAAGUUGUUCAUGGUUAUUUUCUAUUUCUGGAAGUUCCUAUCAACAAGGAAAUGUUUCUUGUGGCUUGUACAGAGAUUUUAAAAUGUGAAACAUUUUCUAACUGCUUUGUAUGGUAGAAACUUAUUUUUCAGAACUCUCUCUUACGUACAUGAUUCCUUUUAUUGUCCCAUUCAUGAUGCUGAAAACCUAAAUGUAAUUUUGUCCAUGCUGCAGAAAAAGGAGGCUGUAUUACCACAGGUCUUCAUUUAAUAUUGUACAGUUAAACUGUGGCUCUUGUUUUUGAUGUUGCAAGCCAUUUUGUUUUCAUUGUACAUAAAGAUACAUUAACUGUCUCUUUAAGAUGCUGCUGAAAUUGUAGAGAAUGUAGCCAAAACAGUAAUAAACAAUGACAGUUGAAAUUUCAA